ACCUCAGGUGCGUUCCAAAAUCAAAAGGAACUGUACCCCUUUGUGUAACCCUCCGCUAAUGCCGACCAAUAGAAUUCUCUGGCAAAUUUGAUUGGAUGAAUUCUAGAGAAGAAACGAGGACAUAAAUCUAGGAAAAUAAACGCUAAAACGGUCUAUGAUUGGUUUCAUCGGUUUAUUCGUGAUUACAUUCCAUAUUAUAUUAAUACGAAUGCAUGAAAUAGGCCAAUCAAACGAGAAUUUGUAUUUUUACUCGACAGUACUAACCUCACUUUUUGAAACGUGACAUUUCUCGAAAGAUUUCGGUUUGCGAUUUGCUCGAGCAUUUCUCACGAUUUUUCUUCUCGAGGGCUGUUCUUUUUAUCGUCUGCUCUUCGCAUCCCUUCGAUUUCGUACAUUUUGACAGGGUUUUUACAGUACGGUACAACAAGGUGGGUUACUGUUAUGCAAUGUAAAUGUUAACGCACGUUAGAUGGGUAUGGUAAUGUGACAGGAUUUUGAUCGUCCGAGGACGAUCGGCAAGUUUGCUGUCGUCGAAUUUUUCACAGAAAAUAUUGGAGGAGAAAGCUACGUUUCAGUUCUGUGUUGUGUGUAAUAACAAUUAUGUGCUACGAAUUCCGGAUAAGGACCGGUUAACAAUCAUUCAUGAAAUAAUUUAUCAUGAUAUUUAUUUUGUACUCGACGACGAGAUUUUGUCGAAACGUGCCAUGUCUACCUCUCUCCAAGAUAAUAACCACAACGUAUUCUGCAAAGGCAGCCCAAGCUGUGAAGAAGAUUCCUCAAACUUUGGAAUCGCCGUGUCUGACAAUUGGGGAAAAAUUCCAACCCUGUGUUGUGACAACCGAUCUACCACCUUCAAACUUAAGAAAAGGACAUCUUGAAACAUCGAGAUGUGCUACUCUUGCACAAGUCGAUAGCAUAACAAUUGGUAACGAUAAGGUCAAGCGGAAACAGCUGGUUCAAGAAUCAGAAUGGAGACCUAUGAUAUUAGAUUUUACAAAACUUCACAAAUACUGCCUUAUGCUGUCGAAGAUAAGGUUAACAUCAUUGGUAGUCAUUACAACAAUGGGAGGCUAUGCUUUGGCACCAGCACCAUUUGACCUAUAUACUUUUAUCAUGUGCUCUGUUGGAACGGGCUUGGUCUCUGCGACGGCAAAUACAAUAAAUCAGUUCUUUGAAAUUCCAUUCGAUGCCCAAAUGUCCAGAACUAAGAAUAGAGUACUAGUUCGUGGUUACCUCACGCCUGCAGAAGCAGUGUCGUUUGCUGUGAUCUCUGGAGUUCUAGGCCUGUCGACCCUUUACUAUCAAGUAAAUGGGGUAACAGCAGCUUUAGGUGCAGCGAAUUUAAUUCUGUACACAGUUAUUUAUACACCACUAAAACGAAUCAGUAUUCUUAAUACUUGGGUUGGCUCCAUUGUUGGAGCUAUUCCACCGUUAAUGGGUUGGGCAGGUUGUGCCGGAGAUAUUUUAUCGCCCGGUGCUUGGAUUAUGUCAGGUAUGCUCUAUGCCUGGCAGUUUCCACAUUUUAAUGCUCUUUCGUGGAAUCUAAGGCCAGACUAUUCCCGAGCUGGCUACAGAAUGAUGGCAGUCACCGAUCCUGGACUUUGUCGAAGGACUGCUUUGAGGUACACCGCAAUACUCAUGGGCCUUUCGUACCUGGCACCAGUUCUGGAUGUCACCAACUUUUGGUUUGCUGUAGCCUCCACGCCCUUGAACGCCUACUUUUUAUACCUUGCGUGGCGGUUUAAUCGAAAUUCUGACAGUGCGAGUUCGCGAAAACUGUUUCGGUUCUCGUUGGUUCACUUGCCGGCAUUAAUGGUGCUAAUGUUGCUGAGUAAAAAGUAUUGGACAGACGGAAAGGAAAAGGUCGACAACGUCCCCACUAGCGAAGUACAUCAACAAACGAGUUUUUCGACGAUAUUUCCUACUCUAUCUGCCCCGACGUCCGCUUCUAUCUAGACUGUGAAUUGUGAUAGGAUCAAAAUGACCAUAGAUUCGGUCAACGAAGCGUUCGCGAGAAAACGAAACGAUUACCGGAGUAUCGUUCACACUUUGUAAAUCUGUAAUAUAAUUUUAGUCGAAUGUCUUUGCAAUAAAUGAUGCCUUGUAAAUAUUACGAGACAGUUUGAGCAA